AUGGAGGAAUCUCGAGCAUAUUUAGAACUCCAUAGAUCUCGACACCAGGACACCCUAUACCCUCUUUUUUUCCGGGAAUCUAUUUACGGACUAGCUUGUGGUCAUGGGUCCAUUUUUGUAGAAAAUGUCGGUUAUAACAAUAAAUUUAGUUUACUAAUUGUAAAACGUUUAAUUACUCGAAUGUAUCAACAGACUCAUUUCAUCAUUUUUACUAACGAUUCUAACAAAAAUCCUUUUAUGGGUUAUAACAAUCAUUUUUAUUCUCAAAUAAUAUUAGAAGGUUUUGUUGUCGUCGUGGAGAUUCUAUUUUCCCUACAAUUUUGUAUAUCUUCCUUAAGGGAAUUCGAAAUCGUAAAAUCUUAUAAUAAUUUGCGAUCAAUUCAUUCCAUUUUUCCCUUUUUCGAAGAUAAACUGAUAUAUUUAAAUCAUGAGUCAGAUAUACGAAUACCCUAUCCUAUCCACCUGGAAAUCUUGGUUCAAAUCCUUCGAUAUUGGAUAAAAGAUGUCUCUUUCUUUCAUUUAUUAAGGUUUUUUUUUUCUUAUUAUUAUAAUUGGAAUAGUAUUUUUACUCCAAAAAAAUGGAUUUCUACUUUUUUUUCAAAAAGUAAUCCAAGAUUUUUUUUGUUCCUAUAUAAUUUAUAUGUAUGGGAAUAUGAAUCUAUCUUUCUUUUUCUACGUAACAAAUCCUCUAAGUUACGAUUAAAAUAUUUUCGCGUUUUUUUUGAGCGAAUUUUUUUCUAUGAAAAAAUAGAACAUCUUGUAGAAGUAUCUGUUAAGGAUUGUUCAUAUACCUUAUCAUUCUUUAAGGAUACUUUCAUGCAUUAUGUUAGAUAUCAAGGAAAAUCCAUUUUGGUUUCAAAGAAUACUCCUCUUUUGAUAAAUAAAUGGAAAUACUAUUUUAUCUAUUUAUGGCAAUGUCAUUUUGAUAUUUGGUCUCGACCAGGAACGAUCCAUAUAAACCAAUUAUCCCAACAUUCAUUUCACUUUUUGGGCUAUUUUUUAAGUAUUCGGCCCAAUCUUUCAGUGGUACGAAAUCAGAUGUUGCAAAAUUCAUUUCUAAUAAAAAUGGUUAUGAAAAGGCUUGAUACAAUAGUUCCAAUUAUUCCUCUAAUUAGAUCAUUGGCGAAAGCAAAAUUUUGUAAUGUAUUUGGCCAUCCCAUUAGUAAGCCGGUUUGGGCCAAUUUAUCUGAUUUUGAUAUUAUUGACCGGUUUUUGCGGAUAUGCCGAAAUUUUUCUCAUUAUUACAAUGGAUCCGCAAAAAAAAAGAGUUUGUAUCAAAUAAGAUAUAUACUUCGGCUUUCUUGUAUAAAAACUUUGGCUCGUAAGCACAAAAGUACUGCGCGCACUUUUUUGAAAAGAUUAGGGUCAGAAAAAUUAUUGGAAGAAUUCUUUACAGAAGAAGAAGAGACUUUUUCUUUGAUUUUUCCAAGAACUUCUUUUACUUUGCAGAGGUUAUAUAUAGGUCGGAUUUGGUAUUUGGAUAUUCUUGUCAGAAACGAUUUCGUCAAUCAUUUCUAA